UGCGCAUGUGUAAAGUGCUUGACAACAUAACGCCAAAAAUCACUUUCACCUUUUCUCGUAGGAAAAUAUUCAUCAAUAGAAAUGUCUCACCACAACAGCAAGCGCCAAGAACAAACAAAGCUGAUAGAAAAACUAACAAAGAAGCACACUUGUAAUUUUAAGAAACAUGAGAUUGAGAAAUUGAUUUACAUGUACCAAGAACUGGUGAAAAAUUCUCCUCCAUCAUAUAAAAUUGACAGAUCCAAGUUCCGAGACUUACUCCAUCAACACUUUGAAAUGACUGAUGAUAUUCUGUUGGAUAGAGUUUUCAGAGCUUUUGAUCAAGACAGUGAUAAUUACAUCAGUCAGGAAGAGUGGGUGACAGGGUUAUCUACCUUUAUUGAUCAAUCAGAACCUGAAUCUGUCAUAAAAUUUUGUUUCAUGGUGUAUGAUUUAAAUGGAGAUGGAUACAUAUCAAGAGAAGAAAUGUUCCAGCUUCUGAAAUACAGCUUAGUUAAGCAAACACAUGAUGAAGAUUCAGAUGAAAGUAUUAAAGAAUUAGUAGAAUUGAUUCUGAAGAAAUUGGAUCGUGACCAUGAUGGCAGAGUUUCAUUAUUAGAUUUUACCACAUCAGUGAAAGAGGAACCAUUAUUGAUAGAGGCCUUUGGUACAUGUCUCCCUUCACAAAAAAUGAGGGACUGUUUCAGAACACUGAUUUGUGAAGGACAAGCGAAGAAACUGUGAUAUUGAUGGCUCUGUGACAAUCAUUGUUAUUUAUUUGUUAUAAUAAAAUAAAAUCUGCUAGCUAAUUAGUAGGUGCAAUACUCUGCACUGAUGAUUUUAAAUUCACAUUUAAAUGAAAAAUUGUAUUCUUCCUGCAUUUGACAGUAAAUGGGCAACAACUUGUGGCAGAUUUUGGUGGGGCACCCCUUUUUAUCUAAUAAAUGUGUGUUCCCACUUACCCAGUGAAAUUUUAAAAUGUAUGUUCCCAUUAUCCAAGAUGAAUUGAAAUGGAAAAAUUCUUAGGAAAAUGUCAGUGCAUGAUAUACUUACAGCAUGAGAAAAACCACAUUGGAGAAUUCAACUGCUAAAAGGAUUAUCUGGUAUAAAUCAUAUUAUGUAUUAUAGUUGUUUUCCCGAAACCACAGAUGAAUUCAAAUUGUUUUAAUGAGUUAUUAUUUAAUUAAUAUAUCCAAAUAGAGAAAAUGCUUUAUUUGUGAUGAUUGGAAUCAUCAGUUUUAGACUACAAUUGUAAUUUUAUAUAUAUUAUUAAGUAAAUUUGUAUUGCAAUAAUAUUUGCUAGUUUGGUGAAUUUUUCAAAUUAGCAAAAAAUAUAUUAUAAGCAGGUUGUUUUAGUCAUCUCUUAUUGUCUUAUGUUUUAUAAAUGUUGUAGAUCUAUGCAAUGGUCUUAGUUUUUCUUAUUUGGAUAUGAAAUAUUCUAUCAAUGGAGUUAAAGUUUAAUGAUCUUAAAUUGCCAAUUUUACUACAUAAUAACUUCCUACUUUUGAAAUGUGGUUCAUAUUUCUUGAUAAUGACCUCACUAAAUUCUCGAGUCUUUUGGCAAUAUGAUAUAUUUCUAGGUCCUAUUAUUUUUAUUUCAUAUUUAAAGGAUAUCUGUGUUAGUAUAACUGCUAUUAUACAUUUAUUUGUCUAUUGUGGCUCAAGUAGAGAUAUGAUGUAGUUUGGUUAUAUUUCAGAGUUAUCUCCCAUCAGUAGAACAUUUUGCAAUGAAGUGUCUAAAUAUUUGUUUGGAUUAAUGCUAGAGAAAUAGAUUUCACGAUACCAAAUUUAAUAGUUUUAGGUUUCAAAAUCAGAAGAUUAGAAAACAUUACAUUCAAACAAAACAUUUGUUAUUUAUGGUUAUUGCUGAAAUAUCAGAUCAGAAAGGAAUUAUCUGUUAAAAGAUUUACAAAAAUAGUAAACUUUAGAACAGAUACAGACCGAUAUAAAUUCAGUAUCAUAAUGAUAACAAUAAGUACUCAUGUCCUUGUUUUAGUAUCUAUCACAUCAACUUUAAAAAGUAACUUACUUUAAAAAAAUAUCGCACUUUAUAAUUCUUCUGUGAUAUGAAGAUUUUGCGUCCUAACUUUUACAUGUUAUUAUUUUUAAUAUGGUUUACAGUAUGUAUAAUAUAAUAAAAUGAUUAAUUACUCCAAGAGACAUUUUAUUUGUUUAGUGACAAUUGAAAGUUGCAUAUAUAUAUGAUAUUUGGAAAUGUUUAUUACAUUGAAUGCUUAAAUGUAAAUCUGCAAUUUUAGAUGUUAUACAUUCCAUAAAAUAAUAUUAUCUAUAACUAUAUAUUUUCUGUAAAUAGUCACUUUAUAUGUGUUCUGCACAACUUUAGGUUGUACAAUAUUAUUUGAUAUUUUACACAGUUCUAUAUUUUACUCUUAGAUUUCUGCCUAUCUUUAUUAAAUUUAUCAGACAGUUUAUAA